GGAGUCUGGGCCGUGUCCCGCCCCUUCUCCUGUAAACUUCGCCCGCUCCAGGUUUGGACGGUGGAGUUGGAAGGGCUGGGAGUAGCUGCACACCCCCCACGCUUUCCCCAUGGUUUCGGUGACUAGAGCGGUGUUUGGAGACCUGCCCUCAGGGGCAGGGACAGUGGAGAAGUUCCAGCUGCAGUCAGACCUGCUGAAAGUGGACAUCAUCUCCUGGGGCUGCACCAUUACAGCCUUGGAGGUCAAAGACAGGCAGGGCAGGGCGUCAGAUGUGGUGCUCGGCUUUGCAGAGUUGGAAGGGUACCUCCAAAAGCAGCCCUAUUUUGGAGCAGUAGUUGGCAGGGUUGCCAACCGAAUUGCCAAAGGAACCUUCACGGUGGACGGGAAGGAGUACAAGCUGGCCAUUAACAAUGGGCCCAACAGUCUGCAUGGAGGAGUCAAGGGGUUUGAUAAGGCUCAACCCCCGGCCCUACAGCAAAUAUGUGAUGCAGGAAAGACGCUGGUCCAGUGGUGGAGAGGAGCCGAUGCACUGGCCCCGUUCCAGGACCCGUUCUGCAGCUCAUCUGACUGUAAUGGCCACAGGGGGCCCCGCGUGAAAGGGCAGAAGCCCUGGACCUGGGAAAGAGAGAGAAGGACCUCACAGCGUCUGGAUCAGGAAGUCGUCUGGACCCCUCAGGUGCUGUCAAAUGGCGUCCAGUUCUCGCGGGUCAGUCCAGAUGGUGAGGAAGGUUACCCUGGAGAGUUGAAAGUCUGGGUGACGUACACGUUGGAUGGUGGGGAGCUUACGGUCAACUACCGAGCACAGGCCAGUCGGACCACUCCGGUCAAUCUGACCAAUCAUUCUUAUUUCAACCUGGCAGGCCAGGGUUCCCCAAACAUCUAUGACCAUGAAGUCACUAUAGAAGCUGAUGCCUUUUUGCCUGUGGAUGAAACCCUGAUUCCUACAGGAGAAGUUGCUCCAGUCCAAGGAACUGCCUUCGACUUGAGGAGGCCCGUGGAGCUGGGCAAACACCUGCAGGACUUCCGCAUCCAGGGCUUUGACCACAAUUUCUGCCUGAAGGGAUCUAAAGACAAGCACUUUUGUGCACGGGUCUGUCAUGCUGGAAGUGGGCGGGUUCUGGAGGUGUACACCACCCAGCCGGGGGUCCAGCUUUACACGGGCAACUUCCUGGAUGGCACACUGAAGGGCAAAAGUGGAGCAGUUUAUCCCAAGCACUCUGGCUUCUGCCUCGAGACCCAGAGCUGGCCUGAUGCAGUCAAUCAGCCCAACUUCCCUUCUGUGCUGCUGAGGCCUGGUGAGGAGUACGACCACACCACUUGGUUCAAGUUUUCGGUUGCUUAAGGAAGUGUAAAGACAUGACCUCCAGGGCCAGGCUGAGAGCCCCUUGGACAGCCUGUCUCCUGUCCAGAGAGGAGAUGAGGAUUUAUAGGCUUCACAAGUGAUCCUGUGACUCAAAAUCAUAUAAAGUGUAGCUUCACAGUGAUUAAUCAGAAUUGUGAUUUCCUUUCCCGGUGACUGGCUACAGGUCAGUCUAAUGACCAGCUGUAUCCUCCGUGUGGUUAAGAGGAUCCAACCACCUUGUCUUCGCCUAAGCCUGGACCCUGACCCGGAAGGGGUACACAGCCCCUUGCUGUGUUGGCUGUCUCUCUGCCCUGCUUUCUUCUCUUUACCCUUCCUUUUUUUGAUCCUACUCUCAUUCCGUUUCUUUGUCCUCCUCUCCGCCUCAAGCCACCCCAUCCCUGUGCAGCACUUCAGAGUUUUCAGUCACAUUGAUAAGGCAGCAGAUGAUUGAGUGAAGGAGCCGGGGCUUAGGGAGGGUAAAUGACCCUCAUAAAGGCACAGCCUGUUUUAGUGAGGACUUGACAUCAGGUCGUGCACAUUCAAGUCCCCUUCUGUUUCCAUUUCAGUCUGCCAAAGUAUUCCUAGGAUCACUGACCUUUGUUAGGUCCAGCCUUUCUUUCCAGAUUCAUACUUAUGAGAAGCAUUAGUCUGAGUUUAGCUGUCUCUAAGGAUACGACUUACAGGGCCAGGUCAAAAUAUCCAGGAAGAAGCUAUCAUUUUGAUCUCUGCCCUUGUGGUAGAGGAAGCCCAAGUUCAGCCAUGGCAUGGAAGCAAGCUAGCCCCUGGAGACAGCUGUUAGUGUGGAGAGGGCCUUCCCUGAGGACUGUACAUUGCACCUGGCACAAGACGCUGUUACAUAGUUGGGCCUAGAGCGCUCCCCUUUCCUGAACAAUUGAAUCAUCAGCGAUGGGUUUGGGUUGGUGGUUGGUUUAGGUUUUUAAAGAUAUGUAUCUUCCACAGUUAUAUACUAGUCAUCAGUUGAAAUAAAACCCGAACUUGCACCUUC